AUGAUCUCAGAAAUAAUGGCCAAUGGUGCGAAUCAACAGCAACUUGAAGCCGAAGUUAGGAUAUGUUGUGUAAUACAGGUAUUUCUUCAAAUCGUUCGAAUGUGGCCAAUUGAGAACAAAGUGCCGCUGUCGACAUCAGGCCUCAUAGACGUGAUAAAAAUGGCGCGAACCUGGCGCAAACGAGCUCCGGAUCGGCCUGAAACGAAACCUACGAUUGUUAUGUCGCAGUGA